AUGGGGGAUGACAACGGCACCCGAUUAGCCCGCCAGAUGCGGCGCUUCAUAAAAGAGUUCCCAAAUCACAAGUCCCUUCGAAAUGUAGAAGAGAGUGCAAAAACGAUUAUUCAGGGGAUAGGAAAUCCAGAUUUCUACGAAGAUGCGUCAGAGAAAUUUAAUCCGGAGCACGUUGACUGGAAUACCCGAAAAAAAUUCGAAAAGUCCUAUAAAGAGCUCCAACGAGAUUAUCCGAACAUACCAGAUCUGAAAAGUGAAGGUAAAAACACAGAUCAAGAUAAAAAGAAGCGGAAGGAAGCUGAAGAGGAGAAGGCAAGAAAAGACGAGGAAGAGAGGAAGCGGAAGGAGGCUGAAUUUCGAACCUGGAGGAAGACCAACGCCACCACCAUCGAUCAAACUCCCCUAGAAUCUAGGGAAACUAGCGUCUUCAGUCAGAUUCCGGACCGAGGAUACAGGGAGACUAGCACCUUUAGUCUAACCCCUCAACCCUUCGCGUGGCGAAAAGUCGAAGAGACGUGUAGUGAUGAACUUGCAGACAAACUGUUACAAGCCUGUGUGGAACAAAAUUGCGACUUUUCCGAUGUUAUGUUUUACCUCGAAUUCCUUCUAAGACAAGACCCUGACUACGAACCCAAUAAGCUGACCAGCCUUGCCAUCCGUUUUAUCAACGAUUGCCCUCGUUCUCAGCAGAAAUUGGUGAGAGACCUAGGUGAAAAAGAUCCUCAGCUUAAACGCGCCUAUGAUAGGUAUUACUCACCACCACAAUUGUUGAUAGAGAGGCGACCGUGGGCUAGGAACCCACAAGCGUACCGAGACCGGAUACUGAGGGACUUGGACGCAGAUGAAAAGGCCUGGGAUCAAAUUACGCUUGACAUCGAUCCUGACACAUAUCAGAAGAAAGCCGAGGGAAGAACCACGGCGGCCGUUGCCGGGUAUCUUGAUGUUUGCCUUGAGAGUCUCAAUUCCAAGAACAAAGACGAGGAAAGACACUGUCUAGUGUUAAAAAGCGAGUAUCCUGAAGCAACCGCGCGCUUCAUGGACAGUAGAAGGGGUCGCAUGCUGUCGAUGAACCCACAAAAGAAGGGGAGAUUGAAAGGGCGCCAGAAGACAGACAUAAAGAUUUUGAACUACUCCUGUGCUCGCCAGACGUAUCCGGAUACUUACCCGAGAAUGUAUUAUUUUGGAAUCGACAAAAAGGACAAAAAUGUUAUCAAGGCGUGA